AUGCGUUUCUUGGCCGCCACAACAGCCUCGCAGCACAGUGCGAGAUAUACACGAACGUCCCCGACCUGCUGCUCGUCCUGCUUGCUUCCUGCUCUCUUCGUCAGAUACCCAAAAUCCAGCACACGCAGUCUCGUUUCCUCGUUUCUCGUUCUCAAACCGCCUUCCGGCAACCCACAGUCCUUACGAACAGACCAGUACCAAAGAAAUAAUGUCGACCAAGAUCUUCGCCGUCUUCGCGCUUGCGACCCUGUCCCUCGCCCGUCCCUCCCCGACCCGAACCACUCCUCUCAAGCGCCAGGACGCGGCCCUCCCAGUGAACCCUUUCACCUGCCUGAACAGCAACAAGCUCGUCGGCGCCUGCUGCGUGACCAACGAGAACCCGGAUUACACCAACUUCUACUGCGCUGCGCUACUGGAACUGCUGUCGCGGGUGUUGCGGGUGCUUAUGUUUGCCCGACCAAGGAGAAUGACCGCGCCGUGAGCUCGUGGUGCUGCAGUGCGCUGGACCAUGGCGGUCCCGAUGAUGGCUACACUCUGUGGUGUGAGGAUGGUGUUUCUGGACAACUCCUCGACACCACCUCGCUCUCCCUGACAAGUGUCGAAUCGGCCCUCGCCUCCCCAUCCCUCGACGCCACCGCCGUCGAAGACGCAGUCGCCGAAAUCCAAGCCGAAAUCCUCGCGGUCGAAGACGAGCUGAACCUCGACACCUCUGCGCUCGAUGUUUCCGCUGUCGACAGUGCGCUUGCUGAGCUCGAAAGCGCCCUGGCAGCCGACCCAUCGACGCUUGACAUCUCCGCCGUCGAGAAGCUUGUGGACGAGGUUGAGAAUGCCCUGGCUGGCUCGUCGCUCGAUACCUCAGCCGUUCAGAGCGCCGUCGCGGAAAUCGAGAGCGUCCUUGCUAGCGCAUAA